AUGCUGGUCUCCGAGUCCGUGGCAGAGUCCAGGCGCCGUGAGUCUGGGCGGGUGAAGCCGUACGUCGACCCCCUCCUCUUGAGCUGCCCCGACCGCUACGCUGACUUCCUUCGUCGGUUGGAUGCCGCUGGAAUGCUCAGGUUCCGUCCUCGUCAGCACCGAGAGCAGCCCUCCGUGGGGGUGUUCUUCGUGUCAAAAAAGGACGUGAGUUUGCGGAUGGUUUUUGAUACGAGCAUUACAAAUCUCUCUUUUGUGGAGCCAGCUGGGACCAAGCUGCCGACGAGUUCUUCGUGGGCAGGUGUAGAGAUCAGCCCCGCGAUCAAUGGCCACAUGGCGUCGGCGGACAUCCAGUGCGCCAUCUGCCACAUGCAGCUGCCCUCGGACCUUGUCCGCGCUUUCACUCUACCGUGCGCAGCUAAUCUGGUACUUCGACUGGGGGGCGUGGGGCUUGACAUCGACGUGGUGCCUGAGGUUUUGGUUAUGCCGAUGGGGUGGAACUGGGCUUCGCGCUUCUGCCAGGGCGCAUUGUGCAACAUCAUCGCGAGGGGCGCGGCGGUAGAGGAGAGCCGCUUCAUCGUCGAUGGCUCCUCCCCCACCGUGCUGCAGCGCCCCGACGACUGGGCG